GGACAAGCCAGCCCCGCCGAACCGCCAUGCAAGCACAGAGCUGGUGGCAGCUCCGAGGCCGUGUGCCUGGGGCCAGCUGUCCCCACGCUCCAGGGAGCACGAAUGGGAACCUGCAGCGAGGGGCAGAGACCCCUGAGCGGGAUGUGGCUGCAGAACAGAGGCAGAGCAGCUGUGGAAGCAGGAGGAAACCCGGGCACCGGGCUGGCUGCUGGCUAGCAGGAGGGGAGAAGCACCCCCCGAAGGGCCGAGCAGGGCACGCUGCCACGCAGCGCUGUGGGACAGGGAAGAGCCUUUACCUGCUCCGUGUGAGGCCGCGGGCGGGCCGGCUCCUCAGACAGGCCGCGGGGCAGGGCAGGGGAUCCGUGCUGGCCGUGGUGUCAGUGCCGUCCCCGGGCUGUCACAGCCCGGCAGUGCUGAGCCCCGCAGUGAACUCGUGCGAGCACCGGUGCUUCAUUUAUGCCCGAUUUCCUCCGGCUGGAGUCUCUGGUGCCCUCUGUUGUCCCACGGCCGGCAGCUCCAAGCUCCGCCGUCAGUCUUUCCGCCCACAGGGCGCUCCCCCUCCUCGCCUCACAACCCGGCAAUUAAAAUUUCAUCUUUCCAGUGGUGGGAAAACAAUUUCUGAGAUAAAACCCAUAAUGGUUGCAAAGUGCCCUUCUGGCAGCAGAAGGUUCCCCAGGGAGGCUGGGCAGCCUGUGCUGCGGUGGCAGAGGGUGCCCCGGGCGGGGACAGGGACCUUUCCGAGGGGACAGUCGGUGCCUGUGCACCCGGGGACCCGGGUCUGCUGUCCCCUGCACGGUGGCAGAUGUUACGGGCUGGCUCACCCUCUGCACGGCAGCCAGGAGUGUAACUCUGCCCAUCAGCGCCGCUGGGAAGCCAGGGCUGUGCUGACACACUGCUCAGCAAAUAAAACAGAAGAGCAAAGAACAUGAACUUGGCUGAAGAACACGUUUGUGAGAUGUGCAUAUUUCUUACUUGCACGGACAGGAAGCAGGGAAAAUGUGAUUUGGUGAGGUCAGCUCCAGCCUCUGACACUGGAAUUUAAUUUUGAGCUUGGAAAUCUUAGCUUUCAGUGUCUCACAGUUAAACCACGUGUGAAGUUGUGCAUCCAUGGAGAGCACUGAUUUACACCAAGGUGUUUUCACUCUUAAUCACUCUGUUAUCCAACUACUCAUCAAAGUAUCAGUUGUUUUGGAGAAGAAAAGACCUCCUGUGGGAGGUUGGUCCUCAAGAGGCAGCACAGGUAUCUCCUGACCUACUUGUCCAGCAGAACACUGAAGCACAAUGAUGGGACCAACUUGUCCAGCUGCUUCCAGAGCCCUGGGACGGGUUAAAGCAGUGAGCCUCUGUCAUUUUCACCGCUUUUUAAUGAAGGAUUGGGACCAUCGUCAGGCUAAGAAUGAUUUAUUGUUCAGAUAAACAUCAGUCUCAGAAGCUGUGAGAUUUUAGAGGAGCAAGCAGUUGGCCAUAGCUCAAAGUAGUCACAAGUUCUUUGUUACAAGACAAUAUAGAACUUUCUAGUCCAAUGGACAUUUAUUUUGCUUUUCUAACCUAUCACCUUUACUCACUUCUACUGCACUGUGGAUACUGUUAUCCCAUGGGCUCCUUUUUCACAUAUACACAAAUGCUUCUAUUAUAACAUCUUAACUCUUAACUUACUCUAAACAACUGUAUUACUACACUAUAAACC